GUCAUUAUAAAGUUAAUAUUGAAUCCAAUAUUAAUAUAAAUUUCAGCAAUUAAAUGGGUGUUCAUUGCCUAAUCUGGUAAUUAUCGCUAAACAUAAGAAUUUAUUAUCUGCAAAAUUCAAAAUUGCACAUGAAGUAGUACUUUAAUUCUUUUUUUUUGGGUUGCGGAGAGUUUCCUAAGAACCGAAAUAUGCGUCGUCAUUUAACAUUGAUAUAUAUACUAGUUGAUCUUCCAAAUUGUAAUUACUAGAUUCUUUAACUCUCUUGUUGAUAAAGUUAUCUUACAUAUAUAAAAAGUUUGUAUAAACCAUCUUUAAUUGUACGGUGACGUAUUGCGCAGUCUCAUCACACCUCGGUAUCGGAGAAAAAUCGUUAUUUAGCGCAAUUUAUAUAUAUCUUAUAGACUAGAGUUAAGUUUUUACAAGACUUCUUAUUAAUCAUAAAAUUACAAUAUAAUUAGAAAAUAACAAAGAAUUAAUAAUUUUGUUAUGUCUGGUGUUGAAUUAGCAGUGGCUGGAUUAUUGGGUGCUCAAUUGUUAGAAGCUAAAACUCAUAUAGCUGAAGAUUUCUUACUUGCUCAACAUGUUAUAAGAAGUGCUAUACCUUUCUUAUAUAAUUCAGCACGAGGUAAAGCUAGUUAUUGGUAUUAUUUUGAAAGUACUGCACUUAGUAAACCAAAUAAUAAAGCUAUAGUUUUUCCAAGACCUAGAAAGGAUGCUCCUCCUAUAAAGACAGAUUCCAAAGGUUAUAAAAUUUAUGAUGAUCAAUUUACUUUGGAAACUUUUACUUAUAAAGAAUUAUAUGAUAUUGUUUUAAGAUUAUCAUAUAUUUUAAAGUUUGAAUAUGGUGUAACUGCAGAACAAACUAUUGGUGUUGAUUGUAUGAAUAAACCAUUAUUUAUUUUCCUUUGGUUAGCAUUAUGGAAUAUUGGUGCAGUACCUGCAUUUUUAAAUUUCAAUACUAAGGAUAAACCAUUAGUUCAUUGUAUUAAGAUUGCCAAUGUAACUCAAGUAUUUAUUGAUCCAGAUUGUUCUGGUCCAAUAAAAGAAACUGAACCUUUAAUUAAUGAAGAAUUACCUAAUGUUAAAUUACAUUAUAUUAAUGAACCAGAAUUAUUGAAAGUUAUAAGUGAUAAAUCUAGGCCAAAACAUAGAGCUCCAGAUAAUACUAGAAGACCACAAGAUCAAAAUUAUGAUUGUUGUACAUUAAUUUAUACUUCUGGUACUACUGGAUUACCUAAGGCAGGUAUUAUGUCUUGGAGAAAAGCAUUUAUGGCUGGAUCAAUGUUUGGACAUAUUGUUAAGAUUAAAGAAAAUUCUAAUGUUUUAACUGCCAUGCCAUUAUAUCAUUCAACAGCUGCAAUGUUGGGUGUUUGUCCUACAUUAUUAACUGGUGGAUGUGUUUCUGUUUCUCAAAAAUUUUCAGCUACAUCUUUCUGGACUCAAGCUAAAUUAUCUGGUGCUACUCAUAUGCAAUAUGUUGGAGAAGUAUGUCGUUAUUUAUCUAAUGCACCUUAUCAUCCAGAUCAAGAUGCUCAUCAAGUUCGUAUAGCUUAUGGUAAUGGUUUACGUCGUGAUAUUUGGUCAGGAUUUAAAAAGAGAUUUCAUAUUGAUGCUAUUGGAGAAUUCUAUGCAUCUACUGAAUCUCCAAUUGCUACAACUAAUUUACAAUAUGGUGAAUUUGGUGUUGGAGCUGUUCGUAAAUAUGGAUCUUUAAUUAAUCUUUUCUUAUCAUUUACUCAAGUCAUUGUUAAAAUGGAUCCUGAAGAUGAAGGUGAAGUAUAUAGAGAUCCAAAGACUGGAUUCUGUACAACAGCUCAAUAUAAUGAACCUGGAGAAUUAUUAAUGAAAAUUUUAAAUGCUGAAAAGCCAGAAGAAACUUUCCAAGGUUAUUAUGGUAAUAAACAAGCUUCAACUAAGAAGAUUCUUUUUGAUGUAUUUAGAAAGGGAGAUGCAUGGUUUAGAUCAGGAGAUUUACUUAAAAUGGAUCAAGAUGGAUUAUUAUAUUUUGUUGAUAGAUUAGGUGAUACUUUCCGUUGGAAAUCUGAAAAUGUAUCAGCCACUGAAGUUGAAAAUGAAUUAAUGGGUUCUAAAACCAUUAAACAAACUGUUGUUGUUGGAGUUCAAGUUCCAAAGCAUGAAGGUAGAGCAUGUUUUGCUGUUCUUGAUCCAUUAGAUGAAUAUCUUGAUCAAUCUAAACAUGAAGAAAUUUUAAAGAAGGUUUAUGAACAUGUAAAUCAUUCAUUACCAAAAUAUGCUGUACCACAAUUUAUUAAAAUUAGUAGAGAAAUUGAAGCAAGUCAUAAUCAUAAAGUUCCAAAGAAUCAAUUUAAACAUCAAAAAUUACCAAAGGGAGCUUCAGGAACUGAACUUAUUUAUUGGUUAAAUGGUGAUAAAUAUGAAGAAUUAACUGAAGAAGCAUGGAGUAGUAUUCUUAAUGGUAAUGCUAAAUUGUAGAAUUAGAAAUUUUAGAAAUGGACUAUAUAUAUUAUUUUACCUUUAUUAACUUAACAUUCAAUUCUUUUCUCUUUACGUUUUAUAAAAAUUAAAUUAAAUUAAAUUAAAUUAAACUAAAUUAAAUUAAAUUACAUUACAUUAAAUUACGUCAUAUUCCAUGUCUUUUCUUUAUAUACAUUAUU